AUGGCUUCCGUUUCUUCGUUUCUCCCCUCCCGCUUUCGCGGUGAGCAACCGAAAGACGUUCAUGCACCUCCUUCCAAGAUGAAUAAAAAAAUUACCCCUGUUUUGCAAUUCUUCUCGAAACUGGCUUGCUCUCACCCAGUCCACACCAUUGUCGUGAUCGCCCUGUUGGCCAGUACCGCCUAUGUCGGUGUCAUGAAAGAGAGCCUGUUGGAUGUGACGAGGAAUGUGCGGAACGCCGAAUGGUCCUCGCUGGUCGAAGGAAGCCGAAACCUGAAAACUGGCCCCGAGACUGGCUGGAGAUGGCAGGCUCUCGAUCCUAAUGCCAAAGCGCCCAAGGACGCUGAUCAUCUGGCCCUGAUUACCCUCGUUUUCCCUGAGUCCAGCGAAAAUGCAGCGCAACAAGCUCCACUGGCGCACGUCGUACCUCUGCCUGACAACUUGACCGUUACUCAUCUACCCUCUACGUCGAACUCGAUUGCUACCUAUGCCCAAGACAGCGCUCUAGCCUUCGCUCUCAAGUACAGCGAGGCUUCUGAGUUUGUCGCUGCUGUCCAGGAGAUUCCCAACGACGGGCCAGCCCAAGAAGUGCGCCAGAACGAACUGGGACAAGAUGAGGAGAAGAUGUGGAUUAUGAAGGUGGCCCGCGGUCACUCGGGCAACAGCAUUGUACGUUGGGUGCAGAAUGCCUACUCUGAGUUCCUGGAUCUGCUUAAGCAUGCGGAUACCCUUGAUAUUGUCAUCAUGGUCCUCGGUUACCUUUCUAUGCAUCUCACCUUCAUUUCUCUAUUCUUAUCUAUGAAGAAGCUCGGCUCAAAUGCUUGGUUGGCAAUCAGCGUCCUGUUCUCUUCUACUUUCGCAUUCCUUUUCGGUCUCAAUGUUACAACGAAGCUUGGAGUACCCGUCAGUUUUGUUUUGCUCUCGGAAGGUCUACCCUUCCUAGUUGUUACAAUUGGCUUCGAGAAGAACAUUGUAUUGACCAGCGCUGUGCUAUCUCAUGCGCUAGAAUACCGAAAGCCCGAGCAGACAGGUAAAGGAGCUAAAUCGUCGAACAUCUCUAGCACGAACGAUGGAGUUAUUCAGUAUGCUGUUUCACGAGCCAUCAAGGACAGCGGUUUUGAAAUUGUUCGCGAUUACCUCAUCGAAAUCAUUAUCCUGAUUGCUGGGGCCGCGUCUGGUGUCCAGGGAGGUCUUCAGCAGUUCUGUUUUUUGGCUGCAUGGAUUCUGUUCUUCGAUUGCAUCCUCCUUUUCACCUUCUAUACCGCCGUUCUUAGUAUCAAACUUGAAGUGAACCGCAUGCGCCGUCAUCUCGAGGAGCGCCGAGCGUUGGAAGACGAUGGUGUUAGCCGACGAGUGGCUGAGAAAGUUGCUUCUAGCAACGAUUGGCCUAGACAGGACACUGGAGAUCGAGCUACUCAGGCUCUCUUCGGUAAGGAUGCCAAGAGCAGCAGUGUCCCCAAAUUCAAGUUCUGGAUGGUCGUUGGCUUCUUCGGUCUUAACCUCCUGAAUAUCUUUACCAUUCCUUUUAGAACUACCGGUCUAUCCGGUGUUACAUCAUGGUCCGGAGGUUUGGGCGGCGUCGUAAGCCUUCCUCCCUUGGACCCUUUUAAGGUUGCUGCAAACGGUUUGGACGAGAUUCUGUUCAACGCCAAAUCUCAUUCUAGAACUACGGUGGUGACCGUCCUGACUCCCAUCAAAUAUGAACUGGAAUAUCCCUCAGUACAUUACGCCGUUCCGUCCACGGACACGGAAUCUCGCCAAGAGGAUGAGCACGGCUUCACGAGACUUCAACGAUACGGCGUGGGUGGACGUAUGGUAGGCAGCAUUUUCGACAGUUUGGAAGACCCGAUAUUGUCUAAAUGGAUUGUGAUCGCUCUCGCUAUGAGCGUUGCGCUUAAUGGAUAUCUGUUCAAUGUUGCCCGUUGGGGCAUCAAAGACCCAACUGCUGCAGAUCACCCCAUCGACCGCAAAGAGCUUGCAGCUGCUGAGAGAUUCAACGAUCCACGGGAUAACGUUGCACUCCCAUUAGGAGGUAUCCAACCGAAACGAAAGCCGACACUACCUGCUACUCCUGCCGAAACUGAUGACGAAAGUGUUCAAAUGAAAGCCCCUCCCCCUAAACCAGCACCUGUCCCUACGACCCCCAUGGAACCCCCUUCAGCACCACCCUCUCCUGAGGUUAUGAGGAGCCCGGAAGAACUAGACGUCUUGCUCAAAGAAAAGCGUAUAUAUGAAAUGAGUGAUAGCGAAGUUGUUUCUUUAUCUUUGAAGGGCAAAAUCCCGGGCUACGCCUUAGAGAAAAGUCUCCGAGAUUGCACCCGUGCUGUCAAAGUUCGGCGGUCAAUUAUUUCGAGGACCCGAGCAACGUCUGCCACAACGAGCCUUUUGGAACAGUCAAAGCUGCCUUACGAAAACUACAAUUGGGACCAAGUUCUUGGUGCUUGCUGCGAAAAUGUUAUUGGAUAUCUUCCCCUCCCUGUUGGUGUUGCUGGUCCCCUCGUUAUUGAUGGUCAAAGCUAUUACGUUCCUAUGGCCACCACUGAAGGUGUCCUUGUCGCCAGUACAAGUCGUGGUGCGAAGGCUAUCAAUGCUGGAGGUGGUGCUAUAACUGUCUUGACCGGUGAUGGCAUGACCCGUGGGCCUUGUGUUAGUUUCGAGACUUUAGAGCGUGCUGGCGCUGCCAAGAUCUGGCUUGACUCGGAAGAGGGACAAGCUACAAUGAGGAAGGCAUUCAACUCUACGUCCCGGUUUGCUCGACUGCAGACAAUGAAGACCGCCAUGGCUGGAACCAAUCUCUAUAUCCGCUUCAAGACUACGACUGGUGACGCCAUGGGCAUGAACAUGAUUUCGAAAGGUGUGGAGCAUGCUUUGAGUGUAAUGGCAAAUGAGGCUGGUUUCGACGACAUGAACAUCAUUUCAGUCUCAGGAAACUUUUGUAUUGACAAGAAGCCGGCCGCCCUCAACUGGAUUGACGGUCGUGGCAAGUCGAUUGUUGCCGAAGCUAUUAUCCCUGGUGAUGUAGUUAAGGCUGUUCUGAAGAGCGAUGUUGAUUCUAUGGUUGAACUGAACAUUUCUAAGAACCUUAUUGGAUCUGCUAUGGCGGCUUCAGUCGGUGGUUUCAACGCACAUGCCGCUAACAUUGUUGCCGCUGUGUUCCUUGCCACAGGUCAGGAUCCGGCGCAAGUGGUUGAAAGUGCCAACUGUAUUACCACCAUGAGGAACCUUAAUGGUUCUCUACAGAUAGCCGUUUCUAUGCCGUCGAUUGAGGUUGGUACCCUCGGCGGUGGUACGAUUCUAGAACCCCAGAGCGCCAUGCUUGAUAUGCUAGGCGUCCGAGGUUCUCAUCCAACGAACCCUGGAGACAACGCUCGCCGCCUAGCUCGAAUCAUUGGUGGUGCCGUUCUUGCCGGUGAACUGUCCCUUUGCAGUGCCCUAGCUGCUGGCCACCUGGUUAGAGCGCACAUGGCUCACAAUCGAUCUCAGCCACCAACUCGUUCCGCCACUCCAGCCCCGGCAUCUGGUACAAUGACGCCAGGUGGCCUCGCCAUGACUACUAAAAGCUAG